CCCUGUGGCACAGGUGACGUGGGGUCUCUGUCUGGUCCCCCGUGUCAGUGCAGCUCUGUGGCAGAUGUGCUGGUUUGGUGAUGGGCGAUGGAUGCACACACACCUUCUUCUCUCUGCCUCACCUUCGCUCUGGUCCUGGUGCUGCUCUGGGCAGUGACUGCCAGAGGUGCUGGAGGGCUUCUGUCUCUGCCUGGAGCCUGGAAGAAUGAUCUCUCUGUCGGACCGCUCUUCCACUGGGUCCUCUGUCCGUGUUUCGUGACCUCAGAAAACCAGUAGGAUGGCUGCCAACAAGAGUAAGAGCCAGAGUUCCUUGGCCCUUCACAAGGUGAUCAUGGUCGGCAGUGGCGGGGUCGGCAAAUCGGCACUGACGCUCCAGUUCAUGUACGAUGAGUUCGUAGAAGACUAUGAACCCACCAAAGCGGACAGUUACAGAAAGAAAGUGGUUCUUGAUGGCGAGGAAGUCCAGAUAGAUAUUCUGGACACGGCUGGCCAGGAGGACUAUGCAGCCAUUCGAGACAACUACUUCCGAAGUGGGGAGGGUUUCCUCCUCGUGUUCUCAAUCACAGAGCAUGAAUCCUUUACAGCAACUGCCGAAUUCAGGGAGCAGAUCCUCCGUGUGAAGGCAGAAGAAGAUAAAAUCCCGCUGCUGGUUGUGGGGAACAAGUCGGACCUGGAGGAGCGGAGGCAGGUGCCAGUGGAGGAGGCCAGGGCCAAGGCCGAGGAGUGGGGUGUGCAGUACGUGGAGACGUCGGCCAAGACGCGCGCCAACGUGGACAAGGUGUUCUUUGACCUAAUGAGAGAGAUCAGAGCAAAGAAGAUGUCAGAAAACAAAGACAAGAACGGCAAGAAAAGCAGCAAGAACAAGAAGAGUUUUAAGGAGAGGUGCUGCUUACUGUGAAGGCUAAGGUGCUGGGUGCAUCAGUCGCCACUAAGGACAGAGGGCAGGCUCCUCAGAAGGCGACAGUCCACCUCUCCGCCUGUUCCCUGCUCUCCCCAGCCUCACUCACACACACUUCUGUAAAUGGGGAAAAUAUCUGUGCAGCAGUGGCUGGCAGAAGAAAGAAGCCCUUGACUGUGCAAUGGAACAGCUCCUUUGUCAGGAGGUUUCAGAGUUUCUUCCCUCCAUCCCUUCCACAAGUUACCCACAUAUGUGGUGCUAUAGGCAGGAGUUAGCCAAGUGUUAAGUAAAAAGAAAAAGGACCAUAUCCUGGCUUCUUUCCCCACCCCCUAGUUUUGUAACAUUAGCUUCUUUGGUUUUAACAUGAAAAUGUCUUAUUUUAUUAGAUCUUGAUAGAUAGGGGGUGGCUAAGACCUCCCCCCACCCCCCAACCUCUGUCAGCUCUCCAGUAGGUCUCAGAAACAUGCAUUAGGUUCUAAUGACGCCGGAACAUUCAGAGAUUUUUCUAUAUGAAUCUCUUAGCCAUCCCCUGUGGGUCUGAAGCAGAGCUAAGAAAAUAAAUUUGAAUUGGACCAUGUGGGUUCAUAUGAAAUCCUUCUCAGUAUGAAAAGUGAAAGUUGUAUUCUUCAUAUUGUAAGAUCAGCCAAUGGGAGUCUGUGUUGGCUAUUUUCCUCCUAUAGCAUCCUGAUUUUUCUGCAAGAGCUUCUUUUUAAUAGACUAGGUGAAGGCUCGAGAGCAAAAGUCUAUAUAAAUGAUACAAUUUUUUCUAAUCAGAUUUUAAAACAGAAUUCUUUGGCAGAGUCCUCUCCUAGCCUCCAGUCCUGCGGGCGGGCCCCGCCUCCUGCACCAGGAGCCAACAGCUCUGUCCUGUCAGCUUCUCGCUGUUUCAUCCCGUGUGACCCGAGUUCCUCUGAAGGACGUGAGGAAUUAAGGUGGCAUUCUAAAACCACAAAGCCAGGGCCUGUGCCAGACACCCCACCUCCUCCCAUGGGAAUUGCUCAUGACUCUGAAUUUCAGUUAGAAAUGGAGAACAAUGAGAGCAGCCAUCUCCCCUUUACCUCUGAGCAUUGACUACUGUUUCUAAUAUGCAUUUGUUUCUGAGACAGCCGUGGAGUUAGAUUUUUAUUGGUGAGAUGGUUCAUCUUUCUUGUAUCAAUAAGCUAAAUCCAGCUGUCAGAAAAUUUUUCAUCAGGCACAGAGUACUGUGAUUAAAAACCUUGUGCUCAGCACAUUUUCCCCUCAUUUUGCAGAAGUGACAUUUCACAUACAGGUGCCAAAAGUGAAUCGGGGUGGGGAGAAUGGGAACCUUUUGGAUUUAUGGUUAUGACAAAUUGUAGAAAUUAUGAUCCAACUGGAAAACCAUCUUGUAUCACCUUCCACAGAAUCAUGGGCUUUUUGAAUAAAAAAAAAAAAAAAGACAAAUACA